CAGAGAAUUCCAGGCUGGAAAAACCAAAACGCGCAGGCUCCGCGACGAGCGAAAAUCUGUGUUACGUCUCGCGUGCAUAGUACUCUUGUGCCUUGGACGAAUGACGUAUUAUGUACGCGCCUUCCUGCACGUGUCGGGGAAGUUGAAGCGCUAUCAUGGCUAGCAGCGUACGGCGCCCGGAACAGACUGGACCCCCAGAACUGUUUUAUAAUGAAGCCGAAGCAAGAAAAUACACCCAGAACUCCCGGAUGAUGGAAAUUCAGACGCAGAUGUCUGAACGUGCGGUUGAGCUUCUGUGUUUGCCAGAGGAUCAGCCUUGCCUUCUUUUGGAUGUUGGCUGUGGUUCAGGCCUGAGUGGAGAUCACAUCUCUGAAGAAGGACAUCAUUGGAUUGGCAUAGAUAUCAGCUCUGCCAUGUUGGAUGUGGCAUUGGAUCGUGAGGUGGAAGGGGACCUGAUCAGAGGAGACAUGGGACAAGGAAUCCCAUUCCGUCCUGGUACCUUUGAUGGCUGCAUCAGCGUUUCAGCGCUGCAAUGGCUCUGUAAUGCGGAUAAAAAGACUCACAGUCCACCACAACGUCUCUACCGAUUCUUCUCCACUCUUUACUCUUCCCUGGCUCGAGGAGCGAGGGCUGUUCUGCAGCUGUAUCCAGAGAAUUCAGAACAGCUGGAAUUGGUUACUGCACAGGCAAUGAGAGCUGGCUUUACCGGUGGAAUGGUUGUUGAUUAUCCCAACAGUACCAAAGCUAAGAAGUUUUUCCUGUGUCUCUUUGCAGGAGUGGGAGGAGUAUUACCCAAGGGUCUGGGAGAAGGUGCAGCGAAUCAACGGGCCUCUAAUCAGGUUUCUUUCACUAACCAGAGGUCGCGUUUUAAAAACAUCCGGGGAAAAUCUGCGAAAAAAAGCAAAGAUUGGAUUCUUGAGAAGAAAGAACGCCGUCGACGGCAAGGAAAGGAAGUUCGUCCUGACACUAAGUUUAGUGGUAGAAACCGACGGCCUCAUUUUUAAGGACUACAUUGGCUCUUUAAUCGCUGGAAGAAAUAGUGUUGAGUAAAUCAGCAAAUUUGAAACAAUGUCCGCCUUUCAGAUGGGUUUUGCAGUGUUUUUCUCAAAGUGUGACCUUGAGGCCUGGCUGGUGAUAACCAUUCCUUUUUGUGGAAUACAGCAAUAUUCAUGCUUCUUGGAGAACGAACACAUGUGAGCAGCGUUGGCCGGACAUUGCUGGGUGUCCAUGUUUGCAUAGAAAUCUAAUAUUUAGGCCACAUUGCACAAAAGCCUGGAACUCUGCUUGAAACACCAAUAGCCAUGAACCAGGAGUACAGUUGCUAUAUUACCAAUAUAUAUGUGUAUAUUUUUAUAAUUGUAUUAAUGUUUUUGGGAUUAUUUUACUUUUUCCAACAUUGCUGCUGCUUCGCACUCUGGUACCUAGAUUCUGGAGUCAGUCAUUAUUAUUGGUCCUUGUUACAGAGUGUGGAACUAUUCACCAUUGAAGACACAUUUCAAAGGAAAAAGGUGCUUGAGAUGACUGCAUUGAUCCUAUUAUACUCUUCCCCCAUCACCCACAUGAGUGUCUAACCUUUAAAUCCUCUGAAUCUAGUAAUGACCUGCCUGUUGCUCCUGGACAUAUACGUCUAAUUUUCCUUCGUAUUGCAUUUUCAUAGCGUAGCUCUCUGUGUAAUGAAACACAGCACUUAUAUCAUUUGGUUGGAGUUAAUUGCCUGCAUUAAAAUGUAUUGGUAAAACAUGGAGUUUGGAUACUGUCCACAAAAAGACACCUAGCAAACGGCAUAACUGCAAAGUUAUGAGCAAAUAUUAUUUAAAGGG